ACGUAUGUAAGGAUAUAACCAAUUGACCUGAGCGUUUAUCAGUUAGACAUGCUAAGUUAUGCGUCGUAUGUAUGUGCGCUUUUCAAUUGUUAAUCUCGAAAGUGUCAAAAUGGUGGAUUCGUUCCCCUUCAUCGCUAGUUCGGAUUAUAUUCUUGUGAGCCGAUAAUAUUCCAACUUGUUAUUUAUCCUUUUAUCAAAGCACAUUUAAGGAGUCCCUAGAUUAUGAUAUUAUCUGCGCUAAUGAAUUAUUUACGAUACGACGAUUAUAAAUGAUAUACAACUGAGUAUUUUUUCUCUUUCAUAAUAAAAUCAUGGCUUUUUACUCCGAUAAGGAUAAAGCUUUAUUACGUGCAGUUAGACAAGGUAAUACAAAACAAGUAGAAAAAAUAUUGCAAUCAAAUGGCCUCGUAAUAGAUCAUAACUGGAUGGAUUAUACGCUCUUAUUGACUGCUUUUAAACGUCAUUAUACAGAUAUCAUUGAAUUGUUGUUAAAAAUAGGUUGCAGAGUGAAAAGAGUACCCGAGAGCAAUGUUUUUAAAAUCCCAGUGCAUUACGCCGUUAGAAUGAGAGAUGCCAGUAUUUUAAAAAAAUUGCUCGAUAAAGGUGCCACUGUUUAUGAUAGGAAUGGAAGUAGAAGAACGCCAAUUUGCUUAGCUAUGGAAGCUCAACAGUUUUCAAUGGUUGACACGCUACUUUCUAUGUACGAUUUUGAAAAUAUAAAUCCUUUUGACCCGGGUGAUAUCGAUCACUUUUUAAUAGCAUGUGAAAGAAAUAUGCUAAAAGUUAUCAAGAAUUUUGUGGAACAUGGAAUAUCCGUUAACAAUUUUAUAUAUUAUAAAUCCUUUCACCUGCGAGGUUUUACUCCAUUACACAUUGCCGUCAAAAAUAUGUGCUUGGAGACGGUAAACUUUUUAUUAAGCAAAGGUGCAGAUAUUGUUGCAAGAAAUUGUGAACAACGUACUCCGCUUCAUGUUGCUAAUCAAAUCAGGGAAAAUAAAAAUUCAGCGAGAAUAGAGGCCAUUAUAGAUUCAUUGUUAUUAUCAGCCUAUACAACAUGUGCUAAUCCAAUUGACGAUAAUGGCGUGUCUCAUUUUCAUAUUGCUUGCACAAGAAACAAUGUCGAUAUUGUUCAACGUUUUCUUCAUUGUAAGGUCGAUAUAAAUCACCGUCGAUUUGAAAAGUAUCAAACUUUUGAUCUUUAUUCUGCUUUACAUUACGCCGUGUAUUAUAAUUGUAUUCGAGUGGUGGAAUUGCUUCUGAAUCGUAAUGUCAAUGUGAAUGCAGUGGCCAAAGGAGAAUGUUUGCCUCUGCACAUAGCCAUUUUACAUGGGAAUACAAAAAUUGUUAAAUUAAUUUUGAAACGUGACGAAGUAGAUAUCAUAGGAUACAAUAUGAAAUUUGGCAGCCUUUUGCAUUAUGCAUUUAACUGCGAACAUAAAAAUUUUGAUAUAAUCGAUAUGCUUCUACAGCGUGUCCCUAAAACAAGGAAUAUACGAGAUAAGUAUUUACUUUCUUACCUUCAUAUAGCUUGUACCAGAAACAAUCCUGAGGUAGUUAAAAAAAUUUUAAAAAAUAAAGUGUACAUUAACGAACGAGUCACUUCGAAUGCAAUAUUCUUUGCUGGCUAUACACCUUUACAUUUUGCAGUUAAAUACAAUUGUAAAAGCAUAGUGCAAUUACUUUUAGAGCAUAAUGCUGAUACAAACGUACAAGAGGCGAACAAAUUAACACCUCUACAUUUGGCAUGCGUUCAAAAUUUAACGAAAUUCUACGAGCUAAUUUAUAAAUAUAAAGAAGAACUAGCCCAUAAGUGGAACCCAGUGAUUGAUUGGAAAAAGAAUCACGAAGAUCAAAUUGAAAUUGUAAAGUUACUUUUAAAGCGUAAUGCCAAUGUAAACGCCACGGAUGAUACUUACUGCACACCUCUUUUUUAUGCCCAUGGUUUUCGUCCUAAAAGCAUCAAGAAAGAGAUAGAGAAGCGCUUAAAAAUAACAGUUAACAAUACGCUUGAACAAAUAAUUUUAAAGGAACUUAAUGCAAGACGUAAGAAAAUAGUCGAUUUGCUACUUAGCCAUAAUGCAGAUGUAAAUAUUCCAGACUACAGGAACCGUACAAUGCUAUAUUUUGCAAGCGAAAGGGAAGAAGAAACUGAUAAUUUAGUGGAAAUGGCAGAGUUAUUUUUAAAACACGGAGCAAAUAUUAAUGCUGCGGAUACAAACUGUAUUACACCGCUUCACUUGGCUGUGAAAUAUAGGAUCACUAAGCUCGUCGAAGUUUUCUUAAGCCAUAAUGCUAAUAUCAACUGCGUUGAAUCCUUUAAUUUCAGCACACCUCUACAUUUGGCACUUACUUUGGGCAAAUACAAGCUCGUGCUUAAGGAAAUGAUUAAAUUGUUGAUAGAAAAAGGUGCCGAUGUAAAUGCUAAACAAAUGGAUGGAAAGACUCCGUUGCAUAUUGCCUGUCUGACCAAAAAUUACUACGCCGUUUAUAAAUUGUUACAAUACGGUGCUGAUAUAAAUAGCGAAGACAAAGAUGGUUACAAUGCAUUACAUUUUAAUUUUGCAAUGUACGGCUUUAACAAUAACAGCUCUACAAAGGUAGAGCUUGUACAUCAUAUAAAAAAAUUGAAGGUUAUUGGGUACUACAUAAGUGAAAAUGUAAUAUCGUUCUACUUAAAAUUAGACGAAAACGAAAUAAAUGCAAAUUUCAAGGCCGAUAACAAUGGUAACAAUUGUAUAUUUCAAAAUGAAAAUGAUGAGUUUAUUAAAAAAUGUAGAAGCGAGAUUGAAAAAAUGAAGCUUACCAAAAUUGAUAGUUACUCCUCGCUGUACAAUAUUUUGUUCAAAAAUCCAAACGAAAUGGUGAGACAUAUUAAAAACGAUAAUUUACAGAAAAUCUUGAUAGCGGAGAAUUUUGAAAGAUAUUUCCCUUUAUAUGGAUAUCUAUUGAAAUUACAAUAUAAGAAAGGUUUGGAAAGAAGUUUUAUUCUCAAGCCCGCUAAGGAAUCGUUGAAAUUUAUCACUGGACUUAGAUUGCCUGAUUUAUGCUACGAAUACAUUUUAAAUUAUUUAAAUACCACAAAUAUGGAAAACUUAAUCAAUUGUAGAUCUACUACAUCUUCGCUUAAAAGAAAAUUAGGUACAAUUGCUUGCGCAGAGGACUGCAAGUCUUUGACAAAAUAUCAGCGCUUAACAAAUAUUCAUAGCCCUGAUACAAAACAGUUUGAUAUUCCCUAAUUUGAUUGCUUUUAAAUGGAGUUUAUUUAAAUGUAAGUAACUGUGUG